AGUUGUUUUAGUUAAAAUAUUUGAACAUUCCUGAUCAAUAUUGUAGUUUUAAUAGUAUGACUUGCUAAUGGAUUAUCUUUUUUUCCGACAUGAUUAUCAUUAUUCUUCUUUCAGGUCUGGAGUUUGGAAACUUUGCAACGCCUACAGACUCUAACAGAGCAUACUAAUGUUGUUAUGUCCUUGCUUUGCUGGGAUCAGUUUCUUUUAUCUUGUUCAUUGGACCAAACAAUAAAAGUAUGGGUGGCUACUGAGAAUGGAAACCUGGGAGUAACAUACACUCACAACGAAGAAUAUGGCAUGCUUAAUCUUCGUGGGAUGCACGACUUAGAAUCCAAGCCGGUCUUCUUGUGUGCAUGCAACGACAAUUAUGUCCGGCUUUAUGAGCUGCCGUCGUUCUCCGAGGGGUAAAAUUUUUGCUAAGCAGGAGAUUCGAGCCAUCGAAGUAGGGCCUAGUGGCCUCUUUUUCACCGGCGACGGAUCUGGUUUUAAAGUGUGGAAAUGGGCAGAGCCAGUUGCUUCAACUUGAUUGCCUUGCACCAUUUCAUAACACAUUCAUUCUCCUGUAAUUUUUUGGUGGUAAUUAUUUUAUAUUUUUUCAUCCUUUCAGGUAAGUCUUUCACAGUGAAAACAAUUUUGGGUUCCACCUUUUAUAGCAUAAUAGAUCAUUUAAGAGUAAUUGUAUGAACUAGUUACCCUAAUUUCACCAAAUGCUUCAAUAAGAAUACGCAUCAAAGUUCAAAACCAUCAACUUUAUUACAUAUACAGUCAGAGUUUAUAACAAGAGUCCAGCAUAUAGAUAGUUUCCACUAUGUUUUUAUCUUGUUGAAAGUCACAGGUUGAACAUGACCUUAAUGGCAUCGCCACCGCGAGCACUAGUUUCAAAAGCUUCUUCAACCUCUUUCUGGGAAAACCCGAACCUGUGAGUUAUCAAUGGCUUCACAUCAAUCUUACCACUUCUUAGAAGCUCAAUGCACAAAGGCCAAGUGUUCUUAUACCG